GCAAAAACAACACACACAAAAAAACAAAAUAAAAAAUCUCUUUCCUUUCUCUCUCUCUCUCUCUCUCUAGAAACCGUUUAUUUCUCUCUCUUUAUCGAUCCAUCUCUGUUCUAUUUGCAGUGAUUGAUCGAAGAUAUUGCUUCGUCACAUUUUCAUAAACAAAAUCACAAAAAUCAAAAUCAAGUUCGUUCACUCUCUCUAUCUCUCUCUCUGUGGAUCCAUUUCUGUUCUGUUGUAUAUACUGACUCCUAUAUGUAUUGAUUGAUUGAAGAUACAGCUUCGUGAUCGGAAUCAAUGGCUUCCGAGCAGUUGAUAUCUUUCUCUCUCUCGAAACCGUUUAUUUUCUCUCUCUAUAUGGAUCGAUUUGUGUUGUGUUGUGUAUACUGACACUGCUAGCAUCGUGAUCGGAAUCAAUGGCGUCCGAGCAGUUGAUGUCCGGUGGUGGACCUCGCUACGUUCAAAUGCAGUCGGAGCCAUUGCCGUUGCAGUCGUCGACGUCGUCGUUCUUCUUCUCCUCCUUCUCGCAUCAAUGUCUGGAAUCAACUCGAGUUUUCGAUGAGUUGCCCAAGGCCACAAUCGUGUCUGUUUCUAGACCUGACCCUGCCGAUAUCAGCCCCAUGCUUCUCACCUACACCAUUGAAUUCCAGUACAAACAGUUCAAGUGGCAGUUGGUGAAGAAAGCUUCACAAGUAUUUUAUUUGCACUUCGCAUUGAAGAGGCGUGCAUUUAUUGAGGAAAUUCAUGAAAAGCAAGAACAGGUUAGAGAAUGGCUGCAAAACCUAGGAAUAGGUGAUCACACAACAGUUGUGCAAGAUGAUGAUGAACAUGAUGAUGAGACUGUUCCUUCACAUCACGAUGAAAGCACUAGAAGCAGAGAUGUUCCAUCUAGUGCUGCUCUUCCAAUUAUUCGACCAGCUCUUGGAAGGCAGCACUCCAUAUCAGACAGAGCAAAGGUUGCAAUGCAAGGAUACUUGAAUCACUUCCUCAGCAACAUCGAUAUUGUGAACUCUCGAGAGGUUUGCAAGUUUUUGGAGGUAUCUAAGUUAUCGUUUUCACCGGAGUAUGGCCCUAAGCUAAAAGAAGACUAUGUAAUGGUGAAGCAUUUACCAAAAAUUCCAAACAAUGAUGAUUAUAGAAGAUGUUGUGCAUGUCCUUGGUUCAGUUGUUGUAAUGACAACUGGCAAAAGGUGUGGGCUGUACUGAAACCUGGAUUCUUCUCCCUUCUAAAAGAUCCUUUCGAUACAAAGCCGUUAGAUAUAAUAGUUUUUGAUGUCCUACCAGCCUCAGAUGGGAAUGGAGAGGGCCGAGUGUCAUUAGCAAAAGAAAUGAAGGAACCUAACCCUUUACGCCAUUCAUUUAAAGUGUCUUGUGGGAACCGGAACAUACAGUUGAGAACUAAAAGCAAUGCUAAAGUUAAUGACUGGGUUGCUGCAAUUAAUGAUGCUGGUCUUCGGCCUCCUGAGGGCUGGUGUCAUCCUCACCGUUUUGGUUCUUUUGCUCCUCCACGGGGUUUGACUGAAGAUGGUAGUCAAGCUCAGUGGUUUGUAGAUGGCCUAGCAGCAUUUGAAGCUAUUGCUUUGGCAAUUGAGGAAGCAAAGUCAGAGAUAUUUAUCUGUGGCUGGUGGCUGUGCCCAGAACUGUACCUCCGACGUCCUUUUCAGGCUCAUGCAUCCUCUCGGCUUGAUGCCUUACUGGAAGAAAAAGCCAAGAAAGGUGUUCAGAUUUAUAUACUUCUAUACAAAGAGGUUGCUCUUGCUUUGAAAAUCAACAGUGUCUAUAGUAAGAAAAAGCUUCUCGGCCUCGGCAUUCAUGAGAAUGUCAGAGUACUACGUUAUCCCGACCAUUUCUCUAGUGGUGUCUAUCUAUGGUCCCACCAUGAAAAACUUGUCAUUGUUGAUUACCAGAUUUGUUUUAUUGGGGGACUAGAUCUUUGCUUUGGACGAUAUGACUCAUUUGAACACCAAGUGGGUGAUUACCCUCCCACGGUUUGGCCGGGGAAGGACUACUAUAAUCCAAGCUGGUUUGAAGAUAUCUUCCAUAGUCCAAAUGAGCAAGCAAUUCCACUGCUCAUGCCUCAACACCACAUGGUUAUUCCACAUUACAUGGGUGGAAGUGAAGAGAUGGAGGUCCAAACCCAUGUUGGAAAUGAUCAUAAAGACAUCAGAAUGCAGGAUUCUUUUUCCUCUCGGUCAUCUUUCCAAGAUGUCCCUCUGCUAUUGCCUCAAGAGGCUGAUGGGCUGGAUACUCCUACUGGAGACCCAAAAUUAAAUGGCUUGGCUAGGACUUGGGAUUUCCGUGAUCAGCCAAGUAGGGGUAACAGAAGUCCUUUCUCUUUCCGUAAGCCCAAAAUUGAUCCUUCAACAUCAAAUCUGCCAAUGAAAGGCUUUGUGGAUGACCUUGGUACUUCAGAUUAUCAGCAUGAGUUGCCUUCAGAUGCCAUGAUGCUGCGUGGCAUUAGAUCUUCAGAGAAAGAAUGGUGGGAGACACAGGAACAAAGUGAUCAAGUUGUUUCAGCUGAUGAAACUGGGCAAGUUGGUCCUCGUAUUUCAUGUCAUUGUCAGAUUAUACGGAGUGUCAGCCAAUGGUCCGCUGGAACAAGCCAAAUUGAAGAGAGUAUUCAUAAUGCUUAUUGCUCUCUAAUUGAAAAGGCAGAACACUUCAUCUAUAUUGAGAACCAAUUCUUCAUCUCAGGUCUUUCAGGAGAUGAGGUUAUACGGAACCGCAUACUAGAAUCAUUAUAUAGGCGUAUUAUGCGAGCAUACAAUGAGAAGAAGUGUUUCAGGGCUUUUAUUGUCAUACCACUUCUACCUGGCUUCCAGGGGGGCGUGGAUGAUGGUGGUGCAGCAGCUGUGAGAACCAUUAUGCAUUGGCAAUAUCGAACAAUUUGCAGAGGACACAAUUCAAUAUUGCAUAAUCUUUAUGAUCUUCUUGGUUCUAGGAUGCUUGAUUACAUAUCGUUCUAUGGCUUAAGAGCUUAUGGCAGACUUUUUGACGGUGGUCCUGUGGCAACCAGUCAGGUUUAUGUGCAUAGCAAAAUCAUGAUAAUUGAUGACUGUAUAUCCUUGAUAGGAUCAGCUAAUAUAAAUGACAGGAGUUUACUUGGAUCAAGAGAUUCUGAGAUUGGUGUACUUAUUGAAGACAAAGAAUUUGUUGAUUCAUGUAUGGGAGGAAAGCCUUGGAAGGCAGGAAAAUUUUCUUCAAGUCUUCGCCUUACGCUAUGGUCUGAACACCUUGGUCUUCCAGCUGGGGAGAUUAGUCAAAUAAAUGACCCGGUGGUUGAUUCAACUUACAAAGACAUAUGGAUGGCAACGGCAAAGACGAAUACCAUGAUCUACCAAGACGUCUUUUCUUGCAUCCCAAAUGAUCUAAUACAUUCCAGAGUUGCACUGAAACAAUGCACGACAUGCUGGAAGGAAAAACUCGGCCACACUACAAUUGACUUAGGAAUAGCCCCAGAGAAACUAGAAUCAUAUCAAGAUGGUAAUAUCAAAGGCACUGAUCCCUUGGAGAGAUUAGAGUCGGUAAAGGGACAUCUCGUUUCUUUUCCUUUGGAUUUUAUGUCCCGGGAAGAUUUAAGACCUGGGUUCAGCGAGAGCGAGUAUUAUGCUUCUCAAGUAUUUCAUUAGGUAUGAUAUACGAUCGAAUGAAACCAAAGCCCCAUUGUUGUGUCUAAAUUUGCUGAAACGGAAAGAGAGUAAAAGAGAAUAAUUUUUUUUUAUAAUCAUCAUAGAAAUGGUAAAUAUCACGGAAGGCCAUUAAAAAAAUUAUUUUUCGCUGCAAGCUUGGAGGUGCAUAGAAGGAAAACAACUGGGUAGUGGUUCGAGUGUCAGACAUUCGAGCUGAAAAUGUGGCAUCGGAGAUAAGGUUUCGGUGACAAAUUUGGAUAUUUAAGUGUCCAAUUUACUUCUAUUUGUUUUUUCCUUCUUAUAUAUGUUCAUGUAAUUUAAUUAAUCACUAUUGUAUAAAACUCAUUAAUUCAGUAUUUUUAUUAUAUGUUA